UUAAGAGAAUAAAUAUCAUCAAGAUUUGGUGACACCAAAAUAUAUCAUAUCGAAAGAUAAUGUAUUUUAAUGUAUAUACACUACCACAUAUCUCAUUCCAGCUAUAUAUACUGCAGGCCAGCCAGCUUCAUGUAAUUUACCAGUGUGGUAAUGCAUGUUAGUGUCUACACGAGGCUAUCUAUGUAGCUCUCCCAUCCUCCUGCCUCCUUUCCUGAUUCCAAACCCAAAGCAAACAUUUCUCUCCCCCUCUCGAGCUUGAGGAUCGCAACAGGCAUGAAGAUAGAGCUCCUCAAAUCAGCUUCACAAAAUCAAUUAGGAUCACCAACAACGGGGAUGCACCUUGGCAAGUUCUACCAGUCUUCUGCGACUACUAAUUAUCUGUAUGGUAUUUCCGAGCCACCGGAACUCGGAUCAUCUAGUAAAAGUGCCACAAGUACUGAUCCAAUAUUUCUAAAUCCAUAUAUUGUUGCUUCAACAUCGUUCAUCUCACUCGCGGGCAACCCUGUUCGAGAUUCAGGCGGCAUUGCUACUGUAGGAGUUCCAGAAUUUACGCCUGCAAAUGGAUCGUCAUUGUCGAAUCCAUUACAGAAAAGAAGCUCCAUGGAUGCGAUGAGAGAAAUGAUUUUCCGCAUAGCAAUGAUGCAGCCGAUUCACAUUGACCCUGAAUCGGUAAAGCCACCAAGAAGAAAGAAUGUGAAGAUAUCCAAGGACCCUCAAAGUGUGGCAGCUAGGCACCGGAGGGAACGGAUUAGUGAGAAGAUCAGAAUUCUGCAGAGACUUGUUCCAGGAGGGACUAAAAUGGACACGGCUUCUAUGUUGGACGAGGCGGCCCAUUACCUUAAGUUUUUAAAAAAGCAAGUGCAAUCCCUGGAGCAAACUGCAAAUAAUAGGCCACUGAAUAAUGCUGGAAUUCCGAUGAUGAUGGCGACAUCAGCUGUAGAUUAUUCUAACCUGGUAAAAGGAUGCCAGCAUCAGUCUGUUCACCUGGGCUCCUCUGUACAAAUGCUUACCUGAGAGAGAGUAUAAUUUUGGUUAUCUGUAUCUAGUGGAAAAGAUUUGGGGGGGUUUGUAAAGAAAUGGCUCUUUUUGGCUUGUUUUUAACAUUAUUGACACUUUCUAAGUCUGAAUGCCUUUCUUCUCUUAUUUAGCAAGUCCAAAAUUGGAGGAGGAAUGAAAUCAAGCUCACUGUCUUCACUUGUGCAAGUUUCUAUUAUGGUAACAAGCCAAUUAUCGUAUAAAUUAAGCAACUUCGCUCUUCUAGACCAAGUAAGGGUCGGUUAAGUUAUCGUAGGUAUUUCUGUACCACCAAUGUCAGCUUUAACACUUUUCUGAACCCAUGUCGUAAAUAAAUAGCAAGGGUGGUGCAGCACCACUCUAUUAACUACUUGUUCUCUAGACAUCAUGCAGGAGGGUGAAGUAAGAAUAUAGUUGAAACACAAAAUAUUGCUACAUAAUCAAGACAACCAAAAGUCCCCAACCCCCUCCCCAAAGGAAAAUAAAAAAUAGUAAAAUAUCUUCAGACUGGGGCCACUUAAUUCAGACAGAACAAUAAUAAUGUAUUUAUUGGUUUAAAGAUGACAAUUGGAGUUGACAUUUGCCUUGCUGAGGGAAGUGAUGAGGCGAAGGGUGGGGUGGGCACUUAAAUGGUACAAGAAGCCCUGCUCUAUCCCUCAUAUUAAUUAAUUAAAUAUAAUUAAUAUUUUCAAUAUAUCUAUUUUUUUCAUGUUAUGUUGGGUUAAAUUAUUAGUAAUUAGUUUUUCCUAAUAAUAAUAUACUAUUAGCACUAGUAGUGGUGAUAAUAGUUUUUCUAAUCCCAAAGGUGCUAAGAGGGGAGGAAAAAAAGACAAAGGGGAGAUAAAGGAAAAAGAAAGGUGCCCCCGCACUGGGGGACCAGGGUAAGGCAGCAGGGGCGGGCGAGAUAGCCAGCAACUGACCUGUCGACGGGCAAGUUCAUCAAACAGUUGGCGUGCUAAGGCGCAAAUUGCGACCAACACAACUUUUAGCCAAGUCCCCACUCAAACAUACUCGAAUACAUUUCGCAUAAAGGAAACAAAAAAAAAAAGCACAACUUAUUAUAGAUGACAGAUUGAAAAAUUUAGAGCGACUUCGCUGGAGAUUUGAGGCUUGUUGCAGAUGCUUAGGUGAUGAAUGCGGCUCUUUGGCAGCAGCAAUGGCAAGCGGCGAGCUCCCCAAGUUUGAGCUUGCGGGUGAUUGCGUUGUUUCCAAUAAAAUGGACAAAAUUAUGGGAAACAUAGGAUAUGGAGUAAAUUUGCGCAUAGAGCCUUGAGGUAAGUGCAUUUUUUUAGAUGCUAUCCAUCUUAUUUUAAUUAAAAAAAUGCAUAAAGAGUUACAAGCCCAACUGAUUUACGUCCGGAGUUCUUCUGUUUAUCAGCUCAUCAUGGAUUACCUCACUGUUGUCUCAAUGAUGAAAAACCAGAGGCGAGGAACGUCCGGAGGAAAGUUUCAUUAAGGCCAAGAAAGAAUUCUUCUGCACAUUAAGGCCAACUAUUUCAUCUUCACUAUUUUGAAAAAAAAAA